AUGGCGCUGCGCUUGCUGCCGCUGCUGCUGCUGCGCUCUGCGGUGCUGGGCCGGGUGACGGUCCCGCGGCGGCUGCCGGAGGAUGCGGCGGCGGAGGCGGCCCCGGGGCAGGACACGGUGUCCUACGCCCUGCACGUCGAGGGGAGGCUGCUCACCAUCCGCCUGCAGCACCAAUUCUUUUUAUCUGAUGACUUCAGGGCUUACACAGCCCAGCAGAAGGGAUCCCUGCUCGCUGACUGGCCCCGGAGCGAGGCAAGCUGCCAGUACCGGGGGUACAUCGAGGGGUCCCCUGGCUCAGCAGUGACCCUCAGCACCUGCUCAGGGCUCAGGGGCUGGCUGCAGUUUGAGAACAUCAGCUACAGGAUCGAGCCCCUGGGCUCUGCCCCUGCCUUCGAGCACUUGGUGUAUCAAGUGAGGGAGGAGAAGGCGUUGGGUUCCCUCCGGGGCAGCGGCCGCCCCAGGGCUGGGCUGGGGGCAGGAGAGCUGUGGGCCAAAGGCCACGGAGCUGCUGAGCCACUCCCAGCUGCAGCACAGGCUCCCAAACACUUGAGAGUACACGUGGUUUUGGACAAGGCUCUGUCCCACUAUCUGGGCUCAGACACGAGUGCUGCAGCACAGGUGAUGAUCCAGCUCUUCAGCUUGGUCAAUACUGUGUUUGACCCUCUGAACCUGACAGUUGUGCUGUCCUCCCUGGAGCUGUGGGCAGAGGAGAACAAGAUCCCGACGGCAGGGGACGCAGACGCCGUCCUGCAGCGGUUCCUGCGCCGGGAGCACUCGGCCCUGGCUCUGCACUCCUAUGAUGCAGCUUAUCUGUUGGUGUACAGGGACCGAGGAGCCCCCGUGGGCACCACAGCUCUGGGCACAGCCUGUCAGAGAGAUGCUGCUGCUGCAGUGGCCCUGUUCCACAGGGCCAUGACACUGGAAUCCUUCUCCACGCUGCUGGCUCAGCUGCUGGGGCGCAGCCUGGGCAUGAGCUACGACCCCCCUGGCACCUGCCACUGCCCUGGGCACGUCUGCCUCAUGAGCCCAGAGGCACUACGUUUCAGAGGGGCAAAAGCCUUGAGCAGCUGCAGCAUCAGGGACUUUGGAAGCUUCCUGAGGCGGGCUGGGGGCAGGUGCCUGCUGCACAGGCGCCGUGGGAGCGGCUCACGGGAGCGGCGAGCGGCCGGCUGCGGGAACGGGCUGCGGGAGCCCGGCGAGAUGUGCGACUGUGGGAGCAAGGAGGGGUGCCUGAAGGACAAAUGCUGCACCGAGACGUGUCAGUUGGUGGCAGGGGCUCAGUGCUCCUCGGGGCUGUGCUGUAAGAACUGUCAGUUCAGGAAGAAGUACUGGCCGUGCCGCCCUGCUGCUGACUCACAGUGUGACUUGGCUGAGUUCUGCAGCGGGGCCUCAGCCUCCUGCCCCCCUGACCUGCACGUGCAGGAUGGGCACAGCUGCGAGCGUGGCACCGGCUACUGCUACCGGGGCCGCUGCCAGGCCCCAGACCUGCAGUGCCAGCGGCUCUACGGGACAGGUUCAAGAAGUGCUCCUGUGUCUUGUUAUGAGGAACUCAAUAGUCAGCAGGACAGGUUUGGACACUGUGGGCUCCAGCCCAGGCAAAGAUACAAGUCCUGUACUUGGAGGGAUCUCAGAUGUGGGAAGUUAAUCUGCACGUACCCAUCCAGCACCCCCUUCCCAUCAGAGGCUGCUGCUGUGGUUUACGUCCGAGUCCAUCAGCAUUUGUGUGUGUCUCUGAAUUAUUUGGACAUCCCAGCCAGUCUGGAUCCUCUCCUGGUUCCACCAGGUUCAAAGUGUGGCUCUGGAAAGGUGUGUAUCAACAACACUUGUCACCCACAUUCCAUCCUGGGAUACGACUGUGACAGCAAAGUGAAGUGUCACGGCCAUGGUGUGUGCAACAACAAGAGGCACUGUCACUGUGACCCUGGCUGGCAGCCCCCUGACUGCAGGCGCCGGGGAUCCCCCGGGGGAGGGAGCAUUGACAGCGGCUUCCAGGGCACAGACAGCGAUGAUGUGCCGCUGGCCUGGCCGCUGCUGGGCUCCUUGCUGGGCAUCCUCCUGCUCUCCUUGGCCAUCUGCCUCGUCCUCCGGCACCGCAGGCGGCAGCGGGGCUCAGCCGCUGAAGAAGGCAGCGACCGCCUGGAGAUGGAGACGGAGCUCGGGCGGCGGCUGGCAACGGGAACGGGAGCGGAGCGUUAA